UGCUACAUCAGUCACUCAGGAGACCCGGCCCUGCACUGGGAUGUUUACCCAGGACAUAGUCAAUAGGAACCCAGAUCACUACUCUGAUGAGCGCUAGAAAUCAGCAAAGAAAGCAAGUCGCCACAGGCUGGAGAGAGCAGGAAAGUCUCUCUGAGGAGGCAAGGCCAAGGCUGGAUAGGUCUAGAAGUCAGAGAAGUAGGGAGGAAAUGGUGGCAUGGCCACGCCCAGACGGUCAGUUUGAGGAGCUGGGGAAGGUGAGACCACACAUCACAGCAGGGGUCUGGACUAGAUGGUUGCCAAGGUGUUCAUAUUGGCGUAUGCGAGACUGAGGUGAUGCUGCCACCUGUAGGGGGUGCCUGGAGGCCAGCAAGAUGAUGAGAGCUUCCUUUCUCAAGAGGUCACAAUGCCUGUGCAGUGCUUUAGCUGCAUUUUUGCUUCUAAUCCUCACAAUAACUCUACACGUGGAGGCUUUAUAUUGAUGGGAAACACCUGAGGCUCAGCUAGUGGGAGGCAGAGCCAGGAUCCCAAUCGAAGCCCAUCUAUUGGACUCCAAGCCUCCUUUACUUUCUCCUGUGCUCUGUCACCUCAUCCCCCACCCCAGAGGCCAUGUCAUUGGUGUGUGUUCUGUCUUCCAGAAACCCUUCCAACCACCAAGAUGGCUCAAACCAACCCCUUGCCGGGGUCCGUGGGGCCAUGGAAGGUAAGCUCACCCCCAUCACACGAAAACUGAGGAAUCCAACAGGGCAGUGGGUGAGAUGCUGCCAUAGAGCAGGCCCCAGUGCUGUGCUUUUCCAUGGGACAGCGACCGACUGAUAAAACAUCAGUUUGUAGAAGGGUCCACCCAAGGUCCAGGUGCCGUCUCAGGAAGGAUCUCUCAGGCUGCCUUGUUUGGACAGAAGAAGAAUGACCCUGGAAGCCCACGACGGGUGGGAGAUGAUACCUAGAUGAUACCUUCUAGGUCAAUUCUCCUCCACACUGCAAAAUCAUCUUAAAAUAGAGCAGCUUAGAGUGGAUUAUGCCAUCGAGAAAUUGAGGGCCCAGAAGUGAAGAGAGAUUUACUGCCGGAUCCCAAAUAAGUGAUAGGACCCAGGUCUCCUGAUCCCAACCUGAUGUUGGUUGUAACCAUUGCCUGAGGUGGCUGAUCCUCAGGCUUUUCACUGAUUCCCGCAACCUGCCCCCCGAACCUCUUUAUCGGGUCAACUCUGAGGCCAGUUCACAGCUUUGGGAGUUGUUCUCUACCUGGGUUCAAGAGCCAAUUUCUAGUUCAAGGUAUGAGAGGAAUUUAUCAGAACUCUCCCUUUACACCUCACGUUUCUAUAACGGGUGUGCCUGGAGAAACUAAGAAAUAGUCCACAGGGAGUCCCUGGGAAUCCCAGAAUCCUGGCCUCUGGGCCACACUUAGGCAGGAAGCAUGGCAGAAUAAGAGUCUACAGGCCUUGGCCUGUCCAGUGGGCCAACUAUCAUCCCUGGCAGACCAUUCCUAUCGUAAACCAAUCCCCCUCACCUCAACCUCAGCCUGGGCAUAUGAACACCACCAACCAGUGGUAUUAAUUCAAACCCCUUCCUACCCUGUCUACACUGGAAGAGACCUCAUCAGGCAUCCUGGGUUAUAUAGCUAGUGAUGGAAAACACAGGAUCACACAAGUUAAGCUGUUGGCCUGGGCUUCUGUUUCCCCUGCUGUACCACAUUCUAGCUCUCUUUUCCCAUUCAAUCCCAUUUCAGAUAACCAUCUAUGACCAGGAGAACUUUCAGGGCAAGAGGAUGGAGUUCACUAGCUCCUGCCCAAAUGUCUCUGAGCGCAGUUUUGAUAACGUCCGGUCUCUCAAGGUGGAAUCUGGCGCCUGGAUUGGUUAUGAGCAUACCAGCUUCUGUGGGCAACAGUUUAUCCUGGAGAGAGGAGAAUACCCUCGCUGGGAUGCCUGGAGUGGGAGUAAUGCCUACCACAUUGAGCGCCUCAUGUCCUUCCGCCCCAUCUGUUCAGCUAAUCAUAAGGAGUCUAAGAUUACCAUCUUUGAGAAAGAAAACUUUAUCGGACGCCAAUGGGAGCUCUCUGAUGACUACCCCUCCUUGCAAGCCAUGGGCUGGCUCAGCAACGAAGUUGGUUCCAUGAAGAUACAAUGUGGGGCCUGGGUUUGCUAUCAGUAUCCUGGAUACCGUGGGUAUCAGUAUAUCUUGGAAUGUGACCAUCAUGGAGGAGACUAUAAACACUGGAGAGAGUGGGGUUCUCACGCUCAGACUGCCCAGAUUCAAUCGAUUCGCCGUAUCCAACAGUAGUGGAUUAAAAGCUCCAAGUAAGAGAAUCCCUCAAGCAUGAGACCUUGCUAAGCAAUCUAGAAUGAGUUUUAUGUUCUGCUCAGACAUUGCUUCCAAAUGUUAGCUACUGAAAUCCACAAUAAAUGUCAUUUAAAAAAAAAUCUUUGUAGACUGAAUUAACUACCAUGCUUUAUAUAAAUCACUUAUGUGGCUGAGAAGUUUUAAAGGCAAGCUGCAAUAAGACCCAAUUCUCUUUUGUGUCCUUGCAAGGCACUUACCAGGCACCAGGCCAAGGACAAUUAUUCCCUAUCUCAAAGAACAUUAAUGCAUACAACCCAAAUGUAUCGGUCUAUAACAAUCUAUAACAGACACAAUUUAGGUAAGCGUUUUUGAAUCUUUUCUCCUCAUCCUCUACUCUUCACCUUGUGACAAAUCAAUGCCAAACUUAAGAAGUUUCUCAAAUAUGCACUACCAUACCUUUCUACAUAAAGUUAUGAAUAAGUCCAGAAUCUUGGCAACUCAUUCUAGUUGCUUAGCUCGAUUUUGGUUUCUCACCUCAACUGGAAGAACAUAAGGUUCAGUAUCAUGCAACAAGGUAGGACAGGUGCUCUCACAGCUGAGUUUUCAAUAAACAUACCAAUUCCAAGCACCUUAAUAGCCAGCUUGAUCUUUUUUAAAAGCAAGAACAUAUGACCAUGAUAUAUUUAAGACAAAUUAUUUGUACAUUUGACUCUGAAAAAAACACCAUCAGUCUCACAAUCUUAAUUUAGUUUUCAGUAUUUUUUUAAAUUAAAGCACACAAAAGAGAAUAACACAAACACCUCAGAAACUUUAAAUUUUUUUAUUCAACAAUGUACACUUAUUGUCUCUUAAUUUGAUCUACAAAUUUCUCAAGUUUUUUUUUCUGAUAAAAUAAGUAAAUCU